AUGAGUCAGCCGAAGAGUCGCGUUGAGAGCGACACGAUCGGGCAAAUCGAGGUGCCAGCUGAUCGUUACUUUGGGGCCCAGACUAUGCGUUGUCUGAACAAUUUUCCCUGUAGCGAAAUGGCUGAACGCAUGCCGAAGCCCAUUAUCCAGGCCAUGGGCAUAUUGAAGAAGGCCGCCGCUGAGGUCAAUAAGGAGUUUGGGCUGGACAGCAAGAUCGGCACAUCUAUUUCGACUGUUUGUGAUGACAUCAUCUCGGGCAAGCUGUACGAUGAGGGUCAUUUUCCACUGCCCAUUUGGCAAACGGGAUCUGGCACAAUGACGAACAUGAAUGUCAAUGAGGUGAUUAGCAAUCGUUGCAUUGAGAAAGAUGGUGGUGAGAUGGGCUCUAAGGAUCCGGUGCAUCCCAAUGACCAUGUGAACAAGUCCCAGAGCUCGAAUGACACUUUCCCAACAGCCUUACACAUUUCAGUGGCUCUUCAGCUGGUCAAGGACCUGAAGCCAGCGAUCACUGAGCUGCGCGACGCUCUCAAGGCUAAGUCUAUGGAUUGGAAGAACAUUAUCAAAAUUGGACGCACACACACACAGGAUGCGGUGCCACUGACAUUGGGACAGGAGUUCAGCGGCUAUACACAGCAGUUAACCAAUGGGCUGGAGCGAAUCGAUGCGGUAUUGCCUCAUGUCUAUCAACUGGCUCUGGGUGGCACCGCCGUGGGCACCGGUCUCAAUACCUACAAGGGAUUCGCAGAGAAGUCCGCCAGUCGCAUUGCCCAGCUCACAUCUUUGCCAUUUGUGAGUGCUCCGAAUUUCUUUGAGGCCUUGGGCUCCAGGGAUGCCAUGGUCGAGGUGCAUGGCGCAUUGAACACCAUUGCCGUAAGCCUCAUGAAGAUUGCCAAUGAUAUACGAUUCCUGGCUUCAGGGCCGCGCUGCGGCUUGGGCGAGCUCUCUUUGCCAGAGAACGAGCCAGGAAGCUCGAUAAUGCCGGGCAAAGUAAAUCCCACUCAAUGCGAGGCGUUGACUAUGAUCUGUGCUCAGGUCAUGGGUAAUCAUGUAGCCGUCUCUGUGGGCGGCUCCAAUGGGCACUUCGAGCUGAAUGUUUUUAAGCCGUUGAUAGCGUCCAACGUCAUACGUUCGAUAAGGCUGCUAACGGAUGGCUGUAACACAUUCACCAAGAACUGCGUUGUUGGAAUGAAGCCGAACAAGGAGCGGAUUCAACAGCAUGUGAACGAGUCUCUGAUGCUGGUGACAGCACUCAAUCCUCACAUUGGCUAUGAUAAGUCAGCCAAAAUAGCCAAGGAAGCUCAUAAGAAUGGUACCUCUCUGAAGCAGGAGGCCAUCAAUGCUGGCAUCUCGGAAGAAGAUUUCGACGAAUGGGUACGCCCGGAAAACAUGCUUGGCCCCGCCUAAUAUAAUUUCAUGUACAUGU